AUAUUUUUGUAUCAGGAUACCAGUAUGGAGCUAAGAUACCUUACCAGUAACCAACAAAGUCAAUAACACAAGAACAUAUAAAAUCCUCCUACCUCUAAGCUCAUUCCUUUAUACCUCAAUCAUGAACAUUAUCUUAACUAUUUUCCUAUUUCUUCUUCCAUUCUUCCUCCUCUUGGUUCACAGGAGAAGGCCAUCAAAAAGGGUUCCACCAGGAUCCCUUGGAUUACCGAUCAUCGGCCAAAGCCUUGGCAUGCUAAGGGCAAUGAGAACCAACACAGCAGAGAAAUGGCUUGAGGAAAGAGUUCAAAAAUAUGGUCCUAUCUCAAAGCUAAACCUCUUCGGCAAACCUACUGUGUUUAUUUAUGGACAGGCUGCUAACAAGUUUAUAUUUACCAGUGAUGGCUCUGUCCUCACUAACCAGCAGACACAAUCAGUCAAGAUGAUUCUGGGGGAACGUUGCCUAUUUGAACUCAACGGUGAAGAUCAUAAACGGGUUAGAGAUGCUCUGUUAUCAUUCUUGAAGCCAGAUAGUUUAAAGCGGUAUGUUGGAAAGAUGGAAGAAGAAGUCAGAAUCCACCUUGAGACUUACUGGAAAGGCAAGCAAAUAGUUAAGGUAUUGCCUCUAAUGAAGACACUCACCUUCGACAUUAUUUGCUCUCUCCUUUUCGGGCUUGAACGUGGAGCGCGAAGAGACCAAAUGGUUCAAUAUUUCCAGCGGAUGAUAGAAGGGAUGUGGUCAAUCCCCAUAAACUUGCCCUUUACGCGCUUCAACCGCAGCCUCAAGGCAAGCAAAGAUGGCCAGAAAAUGCUGAAACAACUUAUUCGCGAGAAACAGUAUGAGUUUGAGAAUAACUUAGCUUCAUCCCACCAGGACCUCAUCACCUGCUUGCUCAGUAUCCGCGGAGAGAACAACCAACAACUUAUAUCUGAAAAUGAGAUCAUUCACAAUGUCAUGCUUAUCAUGGUUGCUGGACAUGACACUUCAUCCGUCCUGAUAACUUUCAUAGUAAGACUUUUAGCAAAGAAUCCCAACAUUCAUGUAGCUGUCCUUAAAGAACAAGAAGAGAUUGCACAGAGUAAGUCACCUGAGGAGUCCUUAACUUGGGAAGACCUUGGCAAGAUGAAGUAUACCUGGAGAGUGGCAAUGGAGACGAUGAGAAUAUUCCCUCCCAUUUUUGGAGGCUUCAGGCAAACUGUAAAAGACAUUGAGUACGGAGGCUACCUCAUUCCUAAAGGAUGGCAAAUAUUCUGGGUAACGGCUAAAACACACCUGGACAGCAGCAUUUUCCAAGAACCAGAGAAAUUUGAUCCAGCACGCUUUGAGAACCCCGGAUCCUUGCCUCCUUACAACUUUGUUCCAUUUGGAGGGGGAGCCCGUAUAUGUCCUGGAUACGAGUUUGCGAAGAUUGAAACUUUGGUCACAAUCCAUUAUCUAGUAACACAUUUCGCAUGGAAGUUAUGCUGUACAGAUGAUUUCUUCAGCAGGGACCCAAUGCCAGCACCAACUCAAGGACUUCCCAUUCAAAUAAUUCCCAGGAAACCUAUCUAAUUUCAAUAAAUUUGAUCCUACAUGCUUCUCCAAGAGGCAGCAGACUUUGUAAACCUCACACUUCUAAGGGGAAUACUCUCUAUAUUAUGAUGUAUUCAUGUUAAAAGAUGUACACUUUAAGGUCUGACCAUCAUAAUUACCCUUCGAAAUAACCUAUA